GCGACAGACAAAAUUCUAAAAAUGAUAGCAGUGACAUUGAUAGUGAUGUUUGUGAUUUGGGCGAUCAUAAAAUAUAUCUUGACUAUGCGCCACACCGAAAGUUUUGUUAAAAAUGUGAAAUUUCAAACUUUCUUUGUUCCAUUUAUUGGAAACCUACUUUCACUAGUUGGAAAAUCACCAGUGGAGAUUUUUAAAACUUUAAUUAAAUCUUUGGCUCAAAAAGAUACACCAUUGAAAUUUUAUAUUGGCACAAAACUAUUUGUUACUCUCAAUAAACCGGAAGAUGUGAAAGAAAUUCUGAUGUCUCCGAAUUGUUUCGAUAGGCCGUUCACGUCUGAAUUAGUUCCAUUUAAAAAUGGAAUUCUGAACGAAAGAUCUGCUGCACGUUGGAAACCACUUCGAAAAUUGUUGAAUCCAAUGUUUAAUUUGAAAACAUUAAAGUCGUUUAUACCAGUAUUCAAUGUAAAGUCAAGAAUUAUGUUAAAAGAACUGAGAGACGAGGUCGGAAGACCAGAGUUUAAUUUACUACAUUACACGUCCGCUUGUUCUUUGGAUUCGAUUUGUUCUACUGUUAUGGGAAUCGAUAUUGACUUGAAAUCAAACAGAGGAAAGGAGUUCAUCGAGAGUGUAAAGAACGUUCUUGGCUUUACAAUACAGCGAUGCUCACAACCGUGGACUUAUUUCGAUUCAAUUUUUCGCUGGACCAAUUUAUACAAGCAAGAACAGGAAAACUGCGCAAUCAUCCGAAACCUAUCAAAUAUGGUUUUUGAAGAAAAGACCAAAGCGCUUUUGGCUGCAAAGUGUGAUAAUCCGUCCGGAAAUUCCGAAUAUCAAUGGAAUAAGGCGCACCUUUCAUUCAUUCCUUUGUAUAUCGAGGGAAAAAUGAGCGAAGAAUUAGUUAAACAGCAAAUUGAAUCGUUUUUGAUAGCUGGAUAUGAGACAACAGGUUCAGCUACGGCUUUUGCUAUUUUGGCACUAGCCAUGCAUCCGCACAUACAAGAACAAGUCUUCGACGAAUUACGCUUGGUCUAUGAGAGUCAAGACGAAGAAACCACUAAUGAACAUAUACAAAAGUUGCAUCUUCUAGACCGUGUUAUCAAGGAAACUCUACGAUUAUUUCCAACUGUGCCAAAUAUUUUACGAUCAACCAGUGAUAUGGUAUCAAUCAGCGAUUGUACACUUCCAAAAGAUACUUCGGUUAUAUUAUCAAUCUUUACAAUGCACCGGAGAAAAGAUGUCUGGGGCGAUGCAGACGAAUUCAAUCCAGAUCAUUUUCUGCCGGAGAACGUUGAGAAGCGACAUCCGUUUGCAUUUGUGCCAUUUGGUGGUGGUCCGCGUAACUGUAUUGGCCAUCAAUAUGCAUUGUAUUCAAUAAAAGUAAUGUUAUCGGCUAUUUUGCGCAACUUCCAAUUCAGUACACAAUUAACAAUGUCCGAUCUCGAUUUAUCGUUUGAUAUUACGUUAAAGCUGAAGAACAAGCAUUUGGUUCGUCUUGUGCACCGUAGUUGGUAAUUUUAGGGUGUAAUUCCUACUCGAUUAUGUGGUUUCCUUAGAACUAACGGAGAAUUAUAUGAAUGAGUUGGAAUAUAUUGAAAAAUUCAACUUUUAACAAAGCAUCCAAAAUAAAUUAAUUAAAUUUUGUAAUUUUGUGGUAGUAUGGUGG